AUGGCAGCGAAAAUCAACAAGUUUUUGAAAAGAAAAAAUCCAUACAGCACCUCUAGUAAAAGCCCGCGACUGGAUCGACUCUAUGGAGAAAAUGCUUGGAGACUACCAUUUCACCUGUUAGAGUUUUCAUUCCGCACCUUUGGCAUUCCACCAAAAGGAAUUCACUUCAGAGCAACAGCGCAAACAUGGCCGGAAUGGAUGGGCUGUAUGCAUGGUUAUGAGAUAAAUUUCAUUUUUGGUGAACCUUACAAUAAGAAGUUCAACUACUCUACUGAAGAGCAAGAACUUAGCAGUAGAUUUAUGCGGUAUUGGGCCAACUUCGCGAGAACAGGUGAUCCUAACAAAAAUGAGGAUGGUACUUAUACGCCAGACGUUUGGCCAAAGUACAAUGCGCAGUCGAUGGAAUAUAUGAAUCUGACAGUGGAAUCAGCAUAUCCCAGCAGUAGGCGAACUGGUCAUGGACCGCGGAGGAAGCACUGCGCAUUCUGGAAGGCUUAUCUUCCAAAGCUUAUGGCAGCAGUAGCUGAAGUAGGAGACCCUUUCUUGCUCUGGAAGCAACAGAUGGACAAAUGGCAGAACGAGUAUAUCACUGACUGGCAGUACCAUUUUGAGCAAUACAAAAAAUACCAGACUUAUCGUCACUUAGACGAUUCAUGUAAUGCGCCCUAA